ACUAUCUCACACACAUAUACACACUAACGACUAAUUAAGAUGGAGAAAGAAGCAUGCAUCUCAGUUGAGCCUGAAGUGAGGAAAGGACCAUGGACUAUGGAAGAGGAUCUCAUUCUCAUCAACUACAUUGCUAAUCAUGGUGAAGGUGUUUGGAAUUCACUUGCUCGAUCUGCCGGGUUAAAGCGCACCGGAAAAAGCUGCCGUCUACGGUGGCUGAAUUACCUCCGGCCGGAUGUGAGGAGGGGCAAUAUCACGGCGGAGGAACAGCUUUUGAUUUUAGAGCUACAUGCUAAAUGGGGCAACCGAUGGUCAAAAAUUGCAAAGCAUUUGCCCGGUAGAACUGAUAAUGAGAUUAAAAAUUUCUGGAGAACUAGGAUACAAAAGCAUGUAAAACAAUCUGAGAAAUUGACUACUCUACCUCGAAACAAUGUCGAUCAACUCACCUUCAUGGACCAAGUUCUCCCCAGUGCAGUUAGCCAAUCAUAUGAACCCAAUGUUGCUACUUCUUCCGGUCAGGGAAGCAUACAUAAUUUUCCUACUCAAUCAAAUGAUCAAAAUCUUUGGAGCAUGGAGGAUUUUUGGUCGAUGCAGUAGCUUCAUGGAAACUAAUUCAUUGAUAUUUAUAUUUAUUUCAUUAUGGACAAAUGUACGUUGUUGAGCCAUUUCGAUUAUUUUCUUCUAUUUAAUAAUUACUAUAUUUUUAGCAUAUUCGCUUUCGUU